CCAAAUUCAUUCAAGCAUAAAUCCUGACUGAGACAAAAACAGGACAUCAGUGUGACAAGACAGCAGCAGUCAAGACAGGAGCAUUGUGUAAAGAAUUGUACCGAGCUUGUUUCAGUAGUUUUUAUUCUUGGACUGAACAUUUGUGAAAAAAUGGUGAUUGCUACAGUCUUUGUUCUCUGCAGCUUUGUGGUGGGUACUUCUCCAAGUAUGGUGACCUUUAAGGCGGACAGGCCCUUUCUAGGUGUGCCGCUGUCUAUCAAAGCUGAGCUGAAGUGCUGCUACACCACCACGGAGCAACAGAUCAAUCCCACUUGGUUCAAAAGUGUACGGACUGGCCAGUCCAGUCCAGUCGCUGUGAAUAUUUCAGAAAAUGUGACUACAAGACUCGACAAAGCAGAUAAGGAACUGUGUUACGUCCUAACCUUUGAUUCAGUCCAGCUGAAUGACACUGGGAUGUACCAGUGUGUAUUGAACUACAGUAACCACUUCUCUCCUGGCACCUACCUGCAGGUCUACAAACGUCUGAAGAAGACAAUAAACCUCAGAGAAAGCACCAAAAACAAGAUCCUGACAGCUGAGGGAGUCUUGCUGUUACUGUGUGUGGUAUUGCCUUCUACCACCCUUCUCUUCAAGUCAAAGAAACUACAUGAACUAGAGAAAAAGAAGAUGAAGAAGGAAGAGGAAAACAUAUACCAGGGGCUAAAUCUGGAUGAUUGUUGCACCACAUAUGAUCAGAUCGAACGGUCCCAGGCACAUGGUCCGUACCAGGAUGUCUGCAACAUUAUAGAGGAAGAAGAGGAGUUCCAGCUGGAGAAACCUUGAAAGAAAGGGGGAAGAUAAAGAAAGGGAGAGUGUUCAGUCUAUUUUGAGAGCUUAGGUUUAAGUGUGUGAUAUCUGAAUAACAGGCCUAAGCUUUAUCACACA